UUCCAUCUUUUUUCUGAAGUUUUUUUUUUUUUUAUAUAAAAAAGAUAAGUUUGAUGGGUUCCUUGUUUAUUGAAGAAAAGGGUUGUAAUCUCUGAUUGACUUUCUAAGUAAAUAAAUUAAUAAAAGGUUGCUUCAUGUUUGUUUAUUCCUCUUGUCUAAUAUUUAGAACUUUUAGGCUUUUGUUUAGAUAUUGGAGCUUUCUACCAUGUGCUUCUCUGCUAUUAUCACCUACAUUAUGACAAGUUGUUCUUUGUUUUGCAGCAAAUGAGAACUGGGUUUUUAUGGGGUUUAUUGGUUCCAAUAUUUAUGAAUAUAUAUGUGCAGGAAGGUGGAUAGAUUUUCUGCUACUCCACCAUGAUUUUUAGGGUGUUUGGAUUUUUGCUGUUAUUUAGAUUGAUAAUAUUGCAAAAUGGGAUAUUAUGUGCAAAUGGGGUUGAUACAAUUUCUUCAACAAGACCUAAAGUUGUCAACAUUGGAGCAAUAAUGUCUUUCAAUUCCAUAACUGGUAAAGUUGCAAAACUUGCAAUUGAAGCAGCCAUGGAUGAUGUAAAUUCCUCUUCACAAGUUCUUAAGGGAACUAAGCUCAACAUCUCAAUGUCAGAUAGCAAUUACAGUGGAUUUCUUGGAGCUAUUGAGGCAAUGACCAUUAUAGAGAGUGGGGUAGUGGCAAUAAUAGGCCCUCAAUCAUCUGUAAUAGCUCAUGUAGUUUCUCAGGUUGCAAAGGGACUUCAAGUGCCUUUGCUCUCCUUUGCUGCCACAGACCCAACCCUUUCCUCCCUAGACUAUCCUUUCGUUGUUCGAACGAACCAAAACGAUCUUUUCCAAAUGGCUGCAAUAGCAGAUAUUGUAGACUACUAUGGAUGGCGGGAAGUAACCGUCAUUUUCACUGAUGAUGAUUAUGGGAGGAAUGGGAUGGCUGCUUUAGGUGAUAAGUUGGCUAAGAAGCGAUGUUCAAUAAGCUAUAAAGCUCCUAUGAGUCCUAUCCUCAACAGAGAAGACAUAAGGAAUGUUUUGUUUGAGGUUGCCUUACAAGAAUCUAGGAUCCUUGUUCUUCAUACUUAUAAUAAUUAUGGCCUAGAGGUGCUUGAGGUUGCUCGCUCUCUUAAUAUGUUGGAUAUAGGGUAUGUUUGGAUUGCUACGAAUUGGCUUAGUGAUGUUCUAGAUACAAACUCACCUCUUUCUCAAGAUGCACUUAGUGAUGUUCAAGGUCUACUUACCCUUCGUGUGCGCACUCCUGAUUCACAACUCAAGCAGAACUUCAUUUCUCGGUGGAGAGAUUUGGUUCGGAGAGCAAAUGGGAAUGGCUCAUUUGGGUUGAACACUUACGGUCUUUAUGCCUAUGACACGGUUUGGAUCCUUGCCCGUGCCCUAGAUGCAUACUUUGAUCAAGGAGGAAACAUAUCAUUCUCCAACAAUUCUAUAUUAAGUCAGUUGAAAGACAAAGACUUGCAUCUUGAUGCAAUGAGCACCUUUGAUGGUGGAGCACUCCUGCUCUCUAACAUAUGGCAAACCAAUAUGACUGGUUUAACAGGCCAUAUACAGUAUGAUUCAGAUAGGAACUUGAUCAACCCUGCAUUCGAUAUCAUCAAUGUGGUUGGUACAGGUCAUAAUACGAUAGGAUACUGGUCUAACUUUUCGGGUUUGUCACUUAAGCCACCAGAGUUACUGCACUCUGGAUCAUCUAAUCAGUCAGAUUCAAGUCGAAAACUGUCUAUUGUAAUAUGGCCAGGAAGGACCACAGAAAAGCCUCGUGGAUGGGUUUUCCCGAACAAUGGGAAAGUUUUAAGGAUUGGAGUUCCAUGGCGUGUUGAUUAUCGUGAAUUCAUUUCAUAUUCACCAAGCCCAACUUCAUUCUCUGGCUACUGCAUUGAUGUGUUCACUGCUGCUGUUAAUUUGCUUCCUUAUGCUGUUCCAUAUAGGUUGAUUCCCUUUGGGAAUGGGAAACAUAACCCAAACAUAAAUCAGCUUGUUGAGAAAAUUAGUGCAGGAGAAUUUGAUGCUGUUAUAGGCGAUCUUUCAAUUACCACUGACAGAACAAGGAAUGCAGAUUUUACACAACCAUAUGUUGAGUCAGGUCUAGUUGUUGUUGCCCCUGUUACUGUCCAGGAAUCUAAUGCCUGGGCUUUCUUCAAGCCUUUUACUCCAAUGCUAUGGGGUGUUACUGGUUUAUCCUUCAUCAUUGUUGGGGCUGUUGUAUGGAUUCUCGAGCAUCGGUUUAACGACGAAUUUCGUGGUCCACCUAGACAGCAAGUUUCAACAAUGUUAUGGUUUAGCUGUUCAACUUGGUUCUUUGCUCAUAGGGAGAAUACUGUGAGCACAUUGGGGCGGCUUGUGCUACUUAUAUGGUUGUUUGUAGUUUUGAUUAUUAAUUCAAGUUACACCGCGAGCUUGACCUCCAUGCUAACAGUGCAACAACUUACUUCCCAUAUCAAAGGGAUAGACAGUUUGAUAGAAAGCAGAGAACCUAUAGGAUACCAAGAAGGUUCAUUUGCUUUCAAUUAUUUGAAUGAGCAGCUUAAUAUUCCCAAGUCCCUUCUUAUUCCUCUUCACUCCGAGGAGGGGUAUGAUGAAGCUCUAAGAAAGGGUCCAAGCAAUGGUGGAGUUGCUGCGAUUGUUGAUGAGAGGGCAUACAUGGAGCUCUUCCUCUCAUCUAGAUGUGAAUACACUAUUGUUGGUCAAGAGUUCACCAAAAAUGGUUGGGGAUUUGCAUUUCCUCGGGACUCUCCCUUGGCGGUAGACAUGUCAACAGCCCUACUGCAGAUUGCGGAGAAUGGUGACUUACAAAGGAUCCAUGACAAAUGGUUAAUGAGAAAAGCUUGCAGUUCACAGGACACAAAACUUGAUGUAAACAGGCUUGAGCUGAAAAGCUUCUGGGGACUUUUCCUUGUAUGUGGCAUAGCUUGUUUUGUUGCCCUGAUAUUAUACUUUGGCCUUACUGUGAAGCAGUACUUCCGCCAUUACACUCCCGAAGAUGAAGAAUCCAUUGGCCAAAGUAGUAGCUCAAGGUCGAAAUCUUCUCGUGGAGUUCAGACAUUCCUAUCAUUUGUUGAUGAGAAGGAAGAGGAAGUCAAGAAGCGCUCUAAGAAAAGGCAAAUGGAGAAAGGAUCAAGUAGAGGAAGUACUCCCGGAUAUGCAUCCAAUAGAAGCAUUGUAGAUUUGUCAAUGAGUAAUUCUAGGAUUAAUCAUAUGGAUUUUUCCCCUGCUCGAAGUAAUGGAGGGAACAAUGAGGUAGUAUAAGGACAUAAUAAGGUGAUUUUAUUUUUUUUUUGACAUCAAGGUAACGUACAAUAGUGAACAAGUUAAAGGAAAACAAACUAAAAUAAGCUGACACACAACCAUAGUUAUGUACUACCCGUACUAAAUUGUCGCCAAUAAGGUGAUUGAUAUCAGCUAGGCCUAGCAGAAAAAAUGUAACUAGGUAAAUAAUUGCAUAUAUUUUCUGUACUGAUUUUCUAGCCUCUUUUUGAUCUAACUGUAAUCAUACACAUAAUCUUAUACUUCACACGAUGGACUUACAAUGAUAUAUAUAGACACCAGGGUAAUUUUCCUA